GCCGCGCGCGGGCCGCGGUGACAGCGCGGCCGCCACCGCCCCACCCGCGCAUGGAGGGCGGCGGGGAGGCGCUGCCCGCCGACCUGCGGGACCUGGCGGGCAAGGUGGGACGGCGCCCGCCCGCCGUGCUGCUGCGGGGGCUGCGCGCCGACACCGCCCCCGCGCCGCCCGCGCCGCCCGCGCCGGCCCGCGGCGAGCGCUCGCCGCUCGCCGAACGCCUGCGGACGCUCCGCCUCGAGCUGGCCUACCUGCGAGCCGUGGAUGUGAAGAUCCUGCAGCAGCUGGUGGUGGUGAAUGAGGGCAUCGAGGCGGUGAAGUGGCUGCUGGAGGAGCGGAGCACCCUGACCAGCCGCUGCAGCAGCCUGGCCAGCAGCCAGUACAGCCUGGUGGAGAGCCAGGAGGCCUCGCGGCGGGGCAGCUGGGACAGCCUGCAGGACCCCAACGACAGGCUGGACAGCAUCUCCGUCGGCAGCUACCUGGACACCUUGGCCGAUGACAUGGAUGAGUAUUCCCAAAACGCUGCUGAAACUGCUGCUGCAUCCACAUCGGGCAGAGCCCUGGCCAGGGCGGAGCAGGAUUGGGUCAGGAUCGACCCCGAGAGGGGUCUUGCAAAGCAAGAGAAGGGCAAAGCCGAGCACGAGUGGCCCCACGUGGACCUCUCCCCUCCUGGGUUGCCCCCGGAUCACCGGUUUGCUAAGGAGCCCCAGGUGGCCAACGGGUAUUUGGGCCAGCAGCCCCCCUCCCUGGAACCAGGCAGAGACACCAAAUCACCAUCGGGGGCUGGAGAGAGGCUGGGGAAGGGGAAUCUGGGUGGGAAGGCUCGGAAAGCUGAGGCUGACUUUGAGAACUGCAAACUCAACAGCAAACUGCACCUGGAGUAUGAUGCCCACUGGCGCUGGCUCCAGUCUCAGGAUGAUGUGACAUUCUUAUAGCCCAUGGCUUUGCCUUCCCAGUCCAGCUCUCCCAAAUGCCCAUUCUGCUUGAUUUGUCUGUGCUUGGGAGAGUUGGAGUGGCAGGAGAGGGGGGGACAGGCUGGCUUGGUGGUGUUCCUCUGAUCGCUCCAACACUGUUUGGUGAUGCAGCCAUAAGGAACAGGGUGCCUGCCCUGCAGCAAAUUUCUGGGAGAGGCAGGAUGAGGUGGGUCCUGGUAAAUUUAAUCCUUUGCUCUGGGGUGGUGCUUGCAGGUGGCUGGACACUCCUCUGUUGUCCUUGAUGGUGGUGGUGGGGAAACCUGGGACAGUGGGACUCCUGGGACCUCUCCCUCUAAUCCUCAGCCUCUUGUCUGCAAAAACUGAGGACCCUUUCCUCAAAAUAACUACACAGAGAGGACAGGAGACGCUCCCACACAUCCACAACUUAGUGGCACCAGCAUGCUCUGUGUGGGGCAGGACCAUCAGCAGGGCAUGACCUGCUGGAUCUGCUCAUUUCCGUCAUCAUCUUCAAGGCCAGUGUCCAUCCAGGGCAGAGUUGACCUGGAAUUUGGCCCUAGCAAUUGGUGGAUGCUAAAACCCCUUCCCUGCAGGUGAAGCCCUGCCUGGUUUAAACACCUCUGUGAAGCCAAUCUGAAGGGGGGCUGGGCAGCCUCUGUCCAACAGCGCAGACUUCCCAGCGUGAUGACACGAGAACGGCAAAGCAUUGGGUGGGAAAUGGAGAUCCAGCUCUCCCAGUUUGUUUCUGGACUGUCUCCCACCUUGGGAGCAGUCCUGCAGAAUCCCCAGGAUGUGGCAGCAUACGGGCAGCCUGGCAGAGCCUGCAGGGCUCAGGCUCAGAAAGGCUCCUGCUUUCCCUGACGCACUGUGAUGGUGGUGAAGGCUGGGUUUCUCCACCUGUGUGAUGAAUGUUGCCAGGUCUCUGCCUCCUACCAGCAAUCAGAAGCAUGAGGCUCCUGGGCUGGGGUAGAUUUGCAGUGGCCCUGCCCCAGAGACAUCAACUCUGUCUUUUUAGCCUUGGCUUCUGCCUGUGCCUUUUGCUGUCCACCCACCACGCCUCCCAGCACACCCCUUGCUGGCUUGCAGAGCAUGGCUUGCAGCUGGAGCUGUGUGAGAGCUUGGGCAGGACCUGCUGCCUUCACCAGACAAUGCAGGGAAGAACCUAAGCAUCCUGCUUCGAGGAGCUGGGCUCUUCCACUCUUCUGGAGUGUCCUGACUUCAGAACCCGUGGAUACAUCUGUCCCCAGAAAAGGGCUGUGAUGGUUUUGCUCUCACCACGGUGCUGUUGUUCCCUUGCCUGCAUGGGUCGCAGCUUGGAUCUUUCCUUGCCAGGGUGGUCAUCAGAGGAGAGUGGACAUCACCUCAUGAUGUCAGUGGGAAACUAAGAGAGGGCAGACCUGGCUGUGACUCUUUCUAGAUGCGAGAUGUGAGCUGGCCAUGGUUAUGAAGGUGUUUGGCUGCACAACAGGUUCAGAUUGGUGUCUCUGAAGCAGCACCUUCAGUGGAAACUGCCCUCUGUGCUGAGACCCCCGAGCACCCUCCCUUCCCCUGCAGAUGGAACUUCCCCGAUGGACAUGGAGAGCAGGACAACAUCCAGAAUUCCCAGAGAUGGCACCUGCUGAGGACUUGGGGGAAUCCCAGCAAACUGGGACUGGAUUGCCCUAUGCAAGCACCCGUCUGCCUGCCCUGGAGCAGCUGUGCUUGGCUUGCUGUUGCCUGCGAGCUCCCUGGGUAGCUCUGCUGCUGACACCGACCCACCAUGUCCCCCAAGGCUGGCUGUCCCCUGCUUUCCUUCUAACCCUGCAUGCAAUGCAUCAGCUGAGGGUCCCCGGGGGAGACGGGGUAAGUCCUCCAGUGCUGUUAAAAUCAUUCUCAACAAAAAAUAUCUGGCCUAAUAAAUGUUAGUGUUUCUCCCAGGC